UCUCUCUCUCUUCCCAUUCUCUGUUUCUUUCUCUUUUUUUUAAUCAUUCAUUUGAUUAUAUUAUUAUCUCACAAAAACAAAACCCUAAUUUUGCCAACACUAUACUCUACUCUUUCAGGGAAAAUUGAAAGAGGAGGAAGAAGAUUUCAUUCGCUUUUUUCUCUUUUUGUUUUCGUUUACUUAAAAGUGUUGUGUGGGGAAUCGAGGGGUUCGAAUAUAUGUCCUUCAAUCAAUCAAAGUCGGACAAGAACGACGCCGUUUACCGAAAAUCCGGGCGAUCCUCCAGCUUCAAUCAGCAGAGAGGUUUCUCAGGCAAGGGUGGUGGUGCUGGCGGCGCCGGUGGUGGCGGGACCGCGCCGUCGAUCAAUUCGGCUUCGUCACUCUCCUCUAACCGGAGUUUUAACAAGAAGUCUAAUAAUGCACAAGGUGGGCAAACUAGGGUAAACCCUUCCCCAGUGAAUUCGACAGUGUUCAACAGUGCUGCUGCUUCCCGGACCAUAAAUAAUGGUACCCAUGUACAGCCUCAACUACAAGAUGGGCCAGUUACAAAGUCAUCUGAAUCCUCAGCUGCACAGAGGAGUGCUAGAAUUGUUUCAAAAGCUCCAACUUCUCAGCCACCCCCCUUGAGUUCUGAUGCAGUUCCUCCUACAAGCCCUGCUAAGGGAGAUUUGUCUAAGGCAUUCCCUUUUCAAUUUGGAUCCAUUGUUCCUGGCUUUAUUAAUGGGGUGGCAAUUCCUGCUCGUACAAGCUCAGCUCCUCCUAAUUUAGAUGAGCAGAAGCGUGAUCAGGCUCUUCACGACCCUUAUAGAUCUGUGCCUUCAGUGCCAAUUCCUCCUGUUCCAAAGCAUCAGCAACCACCUAGGAAAGAUGCUAGUGCCACUGAGCAAUCUAAUGCUGGGGAGACUCAUAUAGGGGGGACUAAGGCAAAAAAGGAUUCUCAGGUGUCAGCUUUGAUCCCAACAAGCCAGAUGCUGAAGCCUUCUGUUCCUGUCACUGGGAUUUCAAUGGCAACGCCAUAUCACCAGUCGCAGGCUUUACAGUUUGGUGGUCCUAACUCACAGAUUCAAUCUCAGGGUACAUCAACGGCAUCCCUCCAUAUGCCUAUACCAAUGCCUUUACCAAUUGGAAAUGCUACACAAGUACAACAGCCGGUUUUUGUUCCAGGUCUUCAACCUCAUCCAAUGCAUCCUCAAGGGAUCAUGCAUCAGGGCCAAAACAUGACUUUUGCUCAUCAAAUAGGUCAUCAGUUGCCCCAUCAAUUAGGCAACAUGGGCAUUGGCAUCAGCCCCCAAUAUCCCCAACAGCAAGGAGGAAAAUUUGCUGGUCCUCGAAAAACUACUCCUGUGAAAAUAACUCAUCCUGAGACACAUGAAGAGCUGAGGCUUGAUAAAAGAACAGAUGCAUAUUCGGAUGGUGGGUCAUCUGGUGCUAGGUCACAUCCUAGCAUACCUUCUCAAUCCCAACCUGUUAAAUCUUUUGCGGCUUCUCAUCCUAUGAAUUAUUAUCCUUCCAGCUCUUAUAAUUCCAAUUCUCUCUAUUAUUCACCUUCUACUUCUCUUCCAUUAACAAAUAGUCCAAUAUCUCCUAAUUCACAGUCACCAAUAUUUAAUUAUCCUGUGAACCAUGGUCUGCAAAAUGUGAGUUUCAUGAAUCCAUCCUCACUUAGUUCCCUGCCUACUAAUAAAGCUAGCACUCCUUCUGGCAUUGUUGAGCCACCCAUGCUGGAAUUCUCUCAUGAUGUGUCUAAUAUGACGCCAUCAGCUCCAUCGGUGGUUGCAUCUGUGACUAUUAAGCCAAGUGGUAUGUCUGCUGUUGUGGAGUCCAAUUCCAGUAUUUCUGGUGUUCAAAAUGGAGAAUCCCCUAGUUCAGCAGCAUCUUGUGAUAUCAACUCCUCUGUGCCACAAAAAGGGCCUGAAAUUUGUUCAGAAACCCCUUCACAACAUUCUAAGUCAUCUAUUGCAGAUUCUGUCUCAGUUGUGUCUAAUAAUGAAGGAGGGAAGGAAUCUCUUAGUAGGUCCAACUCCUUGAAAGAUAAUCAAAAGAAACCAGGGAAGAAAGGUCAACCAUCGGAGCAUCAGGUUUCUGUACAAUCUCCGACAGUGGCUAAUAUGCCUUCUCGAGCUGUUGACCAUGGUAUAUCUGAUACUGGAGGUUCUGAACCUGUUGGAACUAUAACAAACUGUUCUAUGGCUAAUACCGCUGAAGAUCUUCCAACAUCUGAUACAAUAUCUAGUAGUAUUUCUACUGCUGUUGAAAUGAAGACCAAUGAGUCUGCAGAAGUUUCUGCUAAAGGAUCUGGGGCUCAAGUUGCUGACAGGGUGAACAAUCAUAAGCAUGAUAAGAUAGAUGAAUUAGCUGGAGAUCUGAAGCCUACUGAUCUUCCGGAAACAAUGUCAAAGCAUGUAAAGGAUGGCUCAGAGAAUGCUACCAGUGAUUCAAUGUCUCUUUCUGUGUCGGGUAUCAAGGACAGGCCAAUUAUAGAGCCAAAUAAGGUGAAAACUGCAUCUAAAGGGAAGAAGAAAAGAAGAGAGAUACUUCAGAAAGCAGAUGCUGCUGGGUCAACUUCCGAUCUUUAUAACGCAUACAAGGGACCGGAGGAAAAGAAAGAAGCUGUCUUAAGUUCAGAGAGUACAGAAAAUGUUUCUACUUCUGGAAGUUUAAAGCAGUUGUCCAAAGAUGCUGCUCAGUUAGAUGCUGUAGCAAGUGAGAAGCGUGGUCACAAGAAAGCUGAGCCUGAUGACUGGGAAGAUGCUGCUGACAUGUCUACACCCAAACUGGAGGUUCAUGAUAAAUCUCAGCAGGUUAGUGAUGGAAGUGGAAGUACAGCCAAAAAGUACUCUCGUGAUUUCCUUUUGAAAUUUGCAGAUCAAUUCACUGAUCUUCCUGAAGGUUUUGAAAUCACGGCAGACAUUACCGAGGCUUUGGUGAUUGCCAAUAUUACUAGUCCUCAUGUUAUUGAGCGUGAUUCACAUCAUAGUCCUGGAAGAAUUGUGGAUAGAGGUGGGAUGUCUAGGAUGGAUCGCCGUGGGAGUGCAGUAAUGGAGGAAGACAGAUGGAGUAAAGUUUCUAGUGCUUUUCAUUCUGGACGUGGUUUGGAUGGUAUUGGAGGCAAUGCAGGAUUUCGAUCUGGCCAAGGAGGCAAUUUUGGUGUUUUAAGGAACCCUCGUGCGCAGGCACCUAUGCAAUAUGCUGGAGGGAUCCUUUCUGGGCCGAUGCAAUCUGUGGGAAAUCAAGGUGGAAUCCAGAGAAAUAGCCCUGAUGGGGAGAGGUGGCAGCGUGCUGCUAGCUUCCAGCAAAGGGGUUUAAUUCCUUCUCCCACCCAAACUCCUUUACAGAUGAUGCACAAAGCUGAGAAGAAGUAUGAAGUGGGUACUGUAACAGAUGUGGAAGAGACAAAGCAGAGGCAGUUGAAAGCUAUCUUGAACAAACUGACUCCUCAGAACUUUGAUAGACUUUUUGAACAGGUAAAAGCAGUUAAUAUUGACAAUGCAGUUACCCUCACUGGUGUCAUCUCACAAAUAUUUGAAAAGGCUCUGAUGGAGCCUACCUUCUGUGAAAUGUAUGCCAACUUCUGUUUGCAUCUGGCUUCUGAGUUACCUGAUUUUAGUGAGGAAAAUGAAAAGAUAACUUUUAAAAGGUUAUUAUUAAACAAGUGCCAGGAGGAAUUUGAGAGGGGUGAGAGGGAACAAGAAGAAGCAAAUAAGGCUGAUGAGGGUGAGGUUAAGCAGUCUGAUGAAGAAAGGGAGGAGAGACGAGUUAAGGCAAGAAGACGCAUGUUGGGAAACAUCAGAUUGAUUGGAGAACUAUAUAAGAAGAAAAUGUUGACAGAGAGGAUAAUGCAUGAAUGUAUCAAGAAGUUACUGGGUCAAUGUCAGGAUCCUGACGAGGAAGACGUUGAAGCUUUGUGCAAACUAAUGAGUACUAUUGGGGAGAUGAUCGACCAUCCCAAAGCCAAGGAACAUAUGGAUGCAUAUUUUGAACGGAUGAAAUUAUUAUCAAACAACAUGAAUUUAUCUUCUAGGGUGAGGUUCAUGUUGAAGGAUGCCAUUGAUUUGAGAAAGAAUAAGUGGCAACAAAGGAGGAAAGUAGAAGGUCCAAAGAAGAUUGAGGAGGUACACAGGGAUGCUGCUCAAGAGAGGCAGGCCCAAGCUGGUAGGCUGGGUCGUGGUCUUGGCAACAAUCAACCGGCAAGAAGGAAUCCCAUGGAUUUUGGUCCAAGAGGAUCACCUGUGCUGUCUCCUAAUCCUCAAAUGGGUGGAGUGCGUGGUCUGCCUAAUCAAGCACGCGGAUAUGGUCCUCAGGAUGCUCGAUUUGAGGAAAGGCAAUCUUAUGAGGCUAGGACUUUGUCUGUAACUUUGCCUCAAAGACCUGUGGGUGAUGAUUCUAUAACCUUGGGACCCCAAGGUGGUCUUGCUAGGGGAAUGUCUAUUAGAGGAUCAACAGCAAUUUCUAAUUUGCCUAACUCUGAUGUGACCUCAGGUCUUAAUGGUUACAGCAAUUUAUCAGAGCGCACAUCAUCUAACUCUAGGGAGGAUCUUGCGGCAAGAUAUGGUACUGAUAAAUUUUCAGGUCCAUCUGCGUAUGAUCAAUCAAGUGCUCUGGAGCGUAAUAUAAACUAUGGUAACAGAGACUUAAGGAAUGCAGAUCGGAAUCAUGACAGACUUGUUGCAACCUCACCUCCUGGCCAAUUGCAAGGGUCAAUAGUCUCCCAGAAUGCUUCUACAGAGAAGGUUUUUCCAGAAGAAGGACUGAGGGACAUGUCCCUGUCAGCAAUCAGAGAAUACUACAGUGCUAGAGAUGAGAAUGAACUUGCUUUAUGUGUCAAAGAUUUGAACUCUCCAAGCUUCCAUCCUUCUAUGGUUUCUCUCUGGGUCACAGACUCAUUUGAGAGAAAGGAUGCGGAAAGAGAUCUUUUGGCCAAACUGCUUGUCAACCUUGUGAGGUCUCAGGAUGGCACCUUGAGUCAAGCUCAGCUCAUCAAAGGGUUUGAAUCUGUUCUCAGUACACUGGAGGAUGCAGUUAAUGAUGCCCCCAGAGCAGCAGAGUUUCUUGGCCGUGUUUUUGCAAAAGUUAUUACCGAGAGUUUAGUAACUUUGAAUGAGAUUGGUCGAUUAAUACAUGAUGGUGGAGAGGAGCCAGGUAGUCUCUUAGAAGUUGGACUUGCAGCUGAGGUUCUUGGAAGCACUUUGGAGGUAAUACAAUAUGAGAAAGGAGACACUGUUCUAAAUGAGAUUCGUUCAAGCUCUAACUUGCGUUUGGAGACUUUCCGGCCACCUAAUCCAAUCACAUCAAGGAAGUUGGAAAAAUUUAUUUAGAUGGUAGUGAUGCUCAUUGUAUGCUUUUUGUGUAGAGGGGAAAAAUUUAUUUGGCUAAUGCUUUUUUGAGGGUACUCUAUUUGCUGAGAAUGAUUUUCUCCGUGAGAUGGGUAGGUAGAAUUUUAUACAUGGGAUUUUGUCUUAAUAUUAUUUUUCCGACAUCUUCACUGCAAUUGUAAAAGGUUCAAUUGAGCAUCACAAAUUUUAGGCUGAGUUGUUAUGUCUGCUUGAUGACCUUCACAUAUUUCUUUGUAGAUAUAAAAGGUUCAAUGAGCGUCAAGAAUAUUCGUAUCUCGUUCUUAUUUGUCUUAAUGUCGGACAAAUGAAAGCCUAAAAUUUUACUUGGUUAAUAACACUAUAAGAUGAUUGAAUUUCAUCUUUUGAAUGUGAUGUUAAUAUUUGCAUAUAAGUUUUAGACUAUAGUUAUAUUAGACGUAUGUUAAUUAGUCUUUUAUUUGUCUUAUUAUUUGUAUAUUUGAUUUAUAAAAGAAUGACUUUCAU